AUGGAUGCCACAAAUAGGAGUGUUGUGAGGGUUCUAAUGUUUCCAUGGUUAGCAUAUAGUCAUAUUCAUCCUUUCUUGGAGCUAGCCAAGAAGCUUUCUGAGAGAAACUUUUACAUUCAUCUUUGUUCAUCGCCUGCUAACCUUGGCCAUAUCAAAGAAAACCUACUGGAGAUGAACUUCCCUUCAAUACAGCUUGUAGAGCUUCAUCUUCCAUCAUCGCCUGACCUUCCUCCUCAUUACCACACAACCAAAGGCCUGCCGAAUCAUCUCCUGGGAAACUUGAUGCAAGCAUUUGAUACGGCAAGCAGUAGCUUCUCCAGCAUUUUGACAACAUUAAGGCCAUAUUUUCUUACUUGUGAUUUCUUUCAACCAUGGGCUCCAGCACUGGCUUUAUCACUGAAUAUCCCAACUGUUCAGUUCGUGGUUAGUGGCAAUAAGGCAAAUUCUGUUGCAGCUCAUGCCUUCAAGAAGUCAGGUGUUGUUAUUCAAGAUUCUGCGAAAGAUUUUCUUUUCAUUAAAGACAGAAUUCUUCAGCACCUGGAACAAUCCUCUGGAAUCAUGUUGGUCAGGAGUUUGAGAGAGAUUGAGGGAAAAUACUUAGAUGAUCUUUCAGCUGUAACCAUGAAGAGGGUUUUUGAGAAUUAUCUGUCAAAGGAGGAUAGGGAAGAGCUAGCACUUGGCCUGUUGCUCAGCAAUGUAAACUUUAUAUGGGUCCUUAGGUUUCCUCGAGGAGAGGAAAUCAGUGCAAGAGAAGCCUUGCCUGAGGGUUUCAUUGAGAUGGUUUCAGAAAGGGGAUUGAUAGUUGAGGAAUGGGCUCCGCAGAAGAGAAUCUUGAGUCAUCCUAGCAUUGGAGGAUUCUUGAGCCAUUGUGGAUGGGGUUCUGUGUUGGAAAGCAUGAAAUUUGGUGUUCCAUUGAUAGCUAUGCCCAUGCAUAUUGAUCAACCUCUGAAUGCUGAAUUUCUUGUGGAGAUAGGAGUUGGUUUGGAAAUCAAGAGAGACAAGAAUGGUAAAAUUGAGAGAGAAGAGGUAGCAAGAGUGAUCAGAGAUUUGGCAGGGGAGAGAACAGGAGAGCAUCUGAGGAAGAAAGCCAGAGAAUUGAGUGACUGCAUAAGAGACAAGGCAGGCCAAGAAAUAGACGAGGUAGUAAAUGAUUUGGUUCAUCUUGUUGGCAGGAAAAGACACAAUCCCUUUUAG